GCCAUCGCAAUUUGCCCCGCAAAAAGAUUCUAUAAUUCAACGCUUUCCCCUUAUCACUUUCUUAUUCUCUGCAUUCUCAAAUUCAGCACUCAAAAAAAAAAAAACUUUUUUUUUUAAAGAAUCCCAAAAAAUUUUUUAAAAAAGGGGGAAAGAAUGGAGCUACCUGUGAUAGAUCUGGAGCAGUACUUGAAGAUCGCCAGCCAACGCGACGGUGACUACUCCGCCAAUGAAGCGGCUGACAUCGGCGCUGGAUUCGGUAAGUUGUGCGGCGAGGUCAGUCGUGUGCUCAAGGAAACUGGGGCAUUGUUGGUCAAGGAUCCAAGAUGUACGGCCGAGGACAACGAUCGGUUCCUCGACAUGAUGGAGAAGUAUUUCGAGAGUCCACCCGAGUUCAAGCGUUUGCAGGAGCGCCCCAAUCUACAUUAUCAGAGAACAAUUGAUGCCAUCAAAUUAGCAUCUGAGCAAAAUCGCAGCUUAUGGAGGGUAUCCUCAACAUUGUUUGCUCACAUAGCUUCAGAUGCUGUGUUGAAGCCUCUAGGCCAUUUUGCAGAAACUCCCCUUGCCAGCAAAUAUCCAUCCAUAUGUGCAGGAGAAUCUGUUGAACAAGAGCUUGCAGUAAUCAAUCUGAAAGGAAAUAAAGGGGAACGAUGAAAAUUUGUAACCGUCCCUCUUAAGAUGCAACAAAAUUUCAAGGUUGUUGAGAGUUCAAAUGAUUUGCAAGAUAAUGAGCUUAACAUUAUGUCCUUAUAGAAUUCCCUUGGCAGGUGGUCAGAUUGAACCAUAAUUUAGUAUUAUUGUGAAACUUGUGUACUUGCAAAUUUAUUCCAAGAAAUAUAUUGCAAUAUUGUCU